AUGGAAAAUACUAUUGAAAGUAGUUUUUCAUUAGUUUCAUUAAUUACAACAACAGUUUUAUUAUUAAUUGGCAUUAUUGUUUAUGUCAUAUCAAAGAGAAAUAAAAAUAAUAAAAAUAAAAAGUCUGUUGUAAUGAUUACUGGAAUAAGUGGUGUUGGAAAGACAUCAUUAUAUCUUUGUCUACAAAAUGAUACAAUUACUGAAACAUGUACUUCUAUGGUUGAAAAUAUUGGUACUUGUCAUGAUACUAUAACUAAACAACCAUUUGAAAUAGUGGAUAUUCCUGGUUAUGGUAAAGUUAGAGGAUUAUAUAAAAAAUAUAUUGAAUCAGCUAAAUGUAUCAUUUUUAUGAUUGCUGGAGAUGAAGUUAAGAAAACAAUUAAAGAUGAUGCAGGAUAUCUUCAUUGUAUUAUUUCAUCAAAUACAAAUAAUAUACCAAUAUUAAUUCUUUGUAAUAAGAGUGAUAUUCCAAUGUCUGAAUCAAAAGAUAUUAUUAAAAUUUUAUUAGAAAAAGAAUUAAACAAAUUACGUGUCAGAGUUGCAAAACCAGGAGAAGUAAUAGCUGAUGAUGAUUUAUAUAUGUAUGGAGAUCCUGAUGAUGAAUUCCAUUUUGAACAACUCAAGAGUAAAAUUGAAUUUGCUCAAUCUUCAGUGAAAGAGAAUGAUAUAGAUUCUGUUUGGAAUUUUUUGAGUGGUGUUGGGUUAAAAUAA